AAAUAUCAGACAACGGCCGAGUAAAAGAAUCGAUCUUUUUGGCCGGCGGAGCAGUUUGAAAGUCAGCCCCCGCCGCCGAUGAAAGCGUGAAUAUGCUGAUUAUUUUAGCCCCAAAUAUUUAAUUAGGGUUUCUUCGCGCUUUUUCCGGUUUCCGCCGCAGGCGCAAGUAAUGUUAGUGAUAAAAAUACACAUCUGUACUCGGAGAGUUCCCCAAAUUCGUCAAAUGUGAAGAUUUGUAUCUAGUAAUCUCACCUGAUUGAAUCGCGCUCGCUCCAAUUUUUUGGUGAGAUGGAUGAAUUGUUGAACAACAAGACAUUCGCAGUUCAUGCAGCCGCCGCUGCCGCCGCCGUUACACUCGGCACUACCCUAACAUACCCGCUCGAUACUCUCAAAGUACUCAUACAGGUUGGCUCCACCGCCGGAAAACCUUUGAAUGAGGCUGAAGUUCUUUAUAGAGUUCGAGCUUUAUCAGGAUAUUCAGGCUUGUAUAAUGGUGUCGCGUGGAUGACUUUGGGAAGAACAUUAGGUCUGGGAGUUCGAUUUGGUGUUUAUGAGGUAGUGACAGCAUUCUACAAAGAUGGUCGCGAAGAUGAUUACGUGUCGGUCGCCGAAGCUCUAAUGGCAGGAUUCGUCGCCGGCACAGCAGAGUGUGUCGUAGCCUCUCCGUUCGAACUCAUCAAACUCCGUGCGCAGGUGGCAUCCGCUUCUCCCACUAUGCACGUUCCCUCCGUUUCGGAAAAGGGCGUUAUUCCGACUUUACCCUCGAGAUUACUGCCCAGAUAUUCCAUGGAUAUGAAGGCAAUGAGCAACUCCAUGGGCCUUUUGUCCACCUUGACGACACAGCAUCGACACGUGAAUAUGUUCGACGCCCUGAAAGAAUAUCCUUGGAUGAUGACUGGAUCCGGGAAACCGCCACCUGUCAAUAAUGUUCAAAUGCCGUCGGAUAUUGUUUCCUUGGAAGGCUGGACUGCCAUGUGGAGAGGUCUCCGGUCGGGUUUAGUUCGAGAUUCCAUUUUUGGCGGCGUCUUUUUCUCGAGCUGGCAGUUUUUACACCAAGCGAUGCUGAGCUGGAAAGCCGUAGGAAUGGACCCUGUGCCCAGGUACGAUACUGAAGCUGGUCCGUUGUCUCCGAUAGCUGUUACGCUCGCGGCCGGAGUUUCCGGAUCGAUAGCUGCAGCUGCUUCUCAUGGUUUCGACACGACUCGAAGCCGAUCACAAUGCACUGUUCUGCCCAAGUAUGUAACUAUGGAGAGGAAAUUUUUGAAGUGGAAAAGACCAGGGAAGAGAUUCGAGAGGCUAACUGGGAUCCACCCAGCCGACAGAAAUUUGUUGCUAAACGGCAUUUCACUGAGGAUGGCUCGUUGUGGGCUCGCAUCGUCCGUCAUUGUCGGAAGUUACUUCCUCGCAAUCGAACAUCUCGUUUCUAAUUGAAUAUUUCAUCGUUUUAUAAGAUUUUGGAUUUGGCUUGCUUACAUUCGAUUAUUUGGUAACAUGUAUCGUACAUGCAAAGACUUAUAUAGUUUUUCUUUUAUCCCUCUUCGAAUUGUAAUUUCAGGUUCGUAUUCCGUUUUUGCUCAAUCUCUCAGUUUCUUUAUCGA